CCGCAGAACAGUAUCGUACACGACGGAUGCAGUGAAACACAAUUAUCUAUUGGGGGCAUAGGGAACAUUUUUCCGCUUCCGCCUCCGGUGCAGACAAUUGGUGUAUGUGCGUGUGUGUGCAUUCGUGUAUCGUGUAGGCUGAAGGGAUAUCGCAUCCCGGCUCCUGCCCCACCAGGGGCAGUCCCACGUCGGUCAACCUUGAGCAGGAUCGCCCGAAGAAGACCGAAAAGAAAACGCCAUCCGUCGGAGGUCGGAAAAUUCGACUGGUGAAAACGCUCGCCCCAUCCGUGCAACCACACAGACAGGAAAGAAAAAAACAGAAGAAAAACAACCAUGGGCGACGAUGGGAGUGCGAAAGAAGACACGGCAAACACAGCGAUGAGUGAAAAGCGUAAACACAAGGUGAUAAUCGUGGGCGCCGGGAUGGCAGGGCUUUCCUCGGCCAACCACCUGGCGAAGAACGGAUGCACGGAUUUUCUCAUCCUCGAGGGGCGCAACCGUGUUGGCGGACGUAUCGUGUCGAUCGAUAUGGGACCGCAAAAGAUCGAACUCGGUGCAAACUGGAUCCAUGGCGUGCUCGGGAACCCGAUGUUCGAGCUGGCCAUGCAGCACGGUCUGGUCAGCAUCAUCAACAUACCAAAGCCCCACAAGGUGGUCGCGGCCACCGAAGACGGCAAGCAGGUCCCGUUUCAGAUUCUGCAGGAAAUCUACGAAGCAUACGUGUGCUUUCUGCGGCGUUGCGAAGAAUAUUUCCUCUGCCAGUACCUUCCGCCACCGGACAUACACAGCGUGGGGGAACACAUCAACCUAGAGGUGGACCUGUAUCUCAACAACGUCGAGUGCCAGAAGGAGAAACACCUUCGCCGGCUCAUCUUCGAGUGUCUGUUGAAGCGGGAAACGUGCAUUACCGGUUGCCACAGCAUGGACGAGAUCGACCUGCUCGAGCUGGGCAGCUACACCGAGCUGCAGGGUGGCAACAUUGUGCUGCCGUCCGGGUACAGCUCGAUCCUGAAGCCGCUGUGUGACAAUCUGCCAAAGGAUAAUAUCAUGCUGUCGUGUCCGGUUAAACGAAUUCACUGGAAACGGAAAGCGGUCCACCGGAUGCCAGCGGGCACUAGCGCACGUGAUGCAAUCCCGGAGGAAGACGAAGACGAUGGCAACGCAUCGGAUGAUUCUGAUCGGACCGUUACGGGGGUACCGGUGGCCGGUGGGCAGCAAUCGGAAGAAAGCGCGAUCGCCAGUGUGCUUGCAAACUCCACCGCCAAUGUGCUCGUCGAGUGCGAGAACGGCACCGUGUACGAGGCGGACCAUGUGAUUUGUACCCUCCCAUUGGGGGUGCUGAAGGAACAGAGUGAAACACUGUUCGCGCCCGCCCUACCCCAGUACAAGGUCGAAUCGAUCGAUAGUCUAUUGUUCGGUACGGUUGACAAGAUAUUCCUCGAGUACGAUCGCCCGUUCCUUAACGCGACCAUCAGUGAGAUAAUGCUCCUGUGGGAGCAGGAACCAUCGCCCGAGGAAGAGGGUGAUCUGGAGCAGCGGUUGAAGGACAGCUGGUACAAAAAGAUAUACUCAUUCUCGAAGGUUUCCGACACGUUGCUGCUCGGUUGGAUAUCGGGACGGGAGGCGGAGUACAUGGAAACGCUAUCGCACGAGAUUGUUGCCGAGCGGUGUACCGACAUUUUGCGCCAGUUCCUGAAGGAUCCGUUCGUGCCGAAGCCGAAGCGGUGCGUGUGUACCAGCUGGAAGAAGCAACCGUUCAGUCGUGGCUCGUACACGGCCAUCGCCGUCGGGGCCUCGCAGGACGAUAUCGACAACAUUGCCCAACCGCUCUACUCGAGUCCACAUCAAUCGAAGCCUUCGGUGAUGUUCGCCGGUGAACAUACGCACGCGAACUUCUACUCGACGGUGCACGGUGCCUACCUGAGUGGCCGAACCGCGGCCCAGAUCCUCCUGACGCCGGACUCUCCACAGGAGAUCGUCAUGGAAUCGGACAGCAGCGAUCUCAGCUCUUGGAUACAGGGCAUUGCGCUGGACUAGUUGUAAAACUCCCUGCACAUCGGCAUUCCCAUCGACAUUUCCCGGCGUUUCCACACCCGCUCCUUCCAUCCCCAGUGCAUUGACACUUACCGUCGUCCCUGGCGUCGACACACUGGUCCUUAGUGGUCUGCUAACUACUACUAUUACUUUCCGCCUCUAGGAUUGUUUUGCUACCGUCUUCCCCAUACUGUCUCACUUCGUUUGGUAACGACGCUUUUAUGCUUUUGAUGUACGAAAAGAAAACAGUGACUGAAGAUUUAUACUACCACCAUCCCCAUUACCAGUGAAAUGAACAUACACGGGAUAGGCAAAACUCACGAAAAAUUUCUUAUAGUUUUAGAAGCGUAUAGUGAGCGUAAUCAACUAAACUUACCAAAAAAAGAACACGUACGGGCUCUCGAUAAAGAGGAUACCAUUAAUUAAUGUUAGCUGAUGGAAAAAGGCAUAACGUGACUUACCACAGGACCGCAAUCCAACCGUGCCCAUGCCACCACAAGGCUUAUGCUGCAGUACACCGUCAUAGUUGAAAUGUGCUGGUGAAAGAAAUCAAACGGUCAUGACAACAUAUGGCAUCAGAGCAAAACGCAAAUAAGCAAACAAGCAUACUCGCCAAAAAAAAAAACGAACAGAAAGACACAAGAGCUACGCACACAUGACUUAAUGCCACGUGCUACUGAUGAAAGCAUCCCCUUGGGGCUAAUCAAACGCGUACCCAGGUAUUGUUGGAGUACAUACAUAAGUGAUAUAACGUAUUGUAAAGAUCGACGGUGCGGGAAGAGGCUGUGUUUCAGCAGACAACUUACCGUCGUUAGUAUUUAUUUUUCGCACGAAGGCGCAGAAGGCAGACCGGGGAGCUUAGCUUCUCACGUUUGUGCAUUUUUUUUUCUUGUUGGUUUGUUUAUAUCCCUAUUUUGUGUUGAAUCUAGUCUUCGCCAGCGAAGAAACGCUAAGCAUAAUAUUUAUUUAUUGUGCAUUUUCAGUAAACAUAUGAUAUGCGGCUGGCAUACCGGUAUGCAAUAGACGGACUAUUUUUAUUAGUUUCCUUACACAUCAUCAUCAAGUGCAACAAGUAGGUUAUAAAAUGAUUGUUUUUUGUUUCUGAGCA